AACACAAAAUUUUCAAAAGUGAUUUUAAAUUGUUUCAAAAUCUUUGUUAAAUCUUAAGAAAUGCAACAAUUUUGUAAUUAUAAAUUUUGGUUGGCCUUCGUAUUACUAAUUUUUACACUAACCUUGUUCCUAAUACAUUUAAUUGAAAGCCGUUACGUGAAUUUGCCAUAUCUUCAUUAUUCAAGUUAUGAAAAUGAGCGAAAAAAUAUUAUCGAGGUUGAAAAAUGGCUACAGUUUGGAAGUAGAAUAAAACUAACUGAAAACGAGGAAAACCUAAAUAAAAAAUUAAUGGUAUUAAAAAAUCAGGAAUAUGAAAAAUGGCAAAAUAAUGUUACUUUACGAAAACUAAAUGGAAAUUUUAUGAAAAUGCGUCCAAUAAUACAGAAAUCGCUUCUGUAUAAUAUUUUAAAAAUAAUGCCCAAGGGAGCAGCUUUACAUGUCCAUGAAGAGGCCUUAGCCAAUACAAGAUUUCUUUUAAAUCUUACUUACGAAAAAGAUCUAUGGCUUUGUAUAGAUCCUAAGACCGAGGAUUAUGUAUUUUUAAGAUUUUCCUUACAGCAGCCUAUUGCAAUAGCAGGCUAUUUCAAUCUUACAUGCCAAUGGCAACUGUUAAAAGAUUUACGCCUAGUUCAAGGUCAUAAAGAGAUUGAUUGGAAAUUAAAGAAAUCUUUCAUAUUAAAUUCAUUAGGCGAACACUCUAGAGUUAAACUGGGUAAAAUUAAGCAAUUACUUCAAGGAUUAAUUACUUUUGUUCCCGUUUGGCGGAAAUAUUUAGCUCAAACUUAUUUGGAAUGUUUAAUGGACAAUGUACAAUAUUUGGAAAUGAGAUCAAGUUUGCCAGAACUGUAUGAUUUGCAGGGCAAUUAUUAUACAGAUAUUGUGGAGCGAAUGGAUAUUAUGAGGAAUUCUUCAAGACAGAUGUCACUACAAUCUGGAAAUUUGUAUGGAUCCAAGUUAAUUUAUGCAUUGACGAUAGAUUAUAAUAAAACUCAAUUUGAUUUGGAUUUGCAGAACGCAAUUUUGCUAAAGUUCUUCUAUCCUGACUUUGUAAUUGGCAUCGAUCUGAUCAAUGACCCUGUUCUGCAGAAAAAUGCAAGACCCCUUAAAGAAUUUUCCUCCCGUUUACUAAGAAUACAGAACCGUUUAGACUUUUAUUUCACAACGCCAGACCUCGAUUGGCAUAACAGCAAAGUGGAUGCUGAAAUACUAGAAUCCUAUGUGCUUGGAACAAAACGCAUUACUUUCCACAAGGCUCUCUUGCGACACCCAUAUCUUGUUACCAAAUUGGCCUCUAAGAAUAUGGGAAUUAUCAUAAAUCCCAUAGCCGAUCAAUUUAAUCACAACAUAGCCGAUUUAAGAGAUCAUCCAGCCUCUUUACUUUUCCAUUAUAAUUUACCCUUAAUUAUCGGUUCCGAUUAUCCCUUUUACUGGAAAGCAGAUCUUUUGACUCAUGAUUUCUACAUGGUUUUUAUGUAUAUAGCUCCCCAGCAGGGAGAUUUGAAAAUGUUAAAACAAUUGGCUUACAAUUCGAUUUACUACAGCGGUUUAGAAGAGAGUAAAAAACUGGAAGUUUGGAAAUUAUGGAAUUUUUUGUGGUCUCAUUGGAUUGAUGAAGUUAAUAAGAGAUUGAAUAAAUUGGAGAUAGAAAAUUUGUGAUUGUUAGAGUUAUUAGCAAAUUUUGGAAUAUGUAAUAUUUUUGGAUUAAAUUUUUAAGAUCUUUUUGUUGUUUUGUUAAUUUGUUUAUUUGAAAAUUUAUUACUGAAAUUAAUUAAUAAUAAACAAUCGUUUUUUGUU